CUCUAGACUCGAAUCCAUCAUGGCUGGAGAUUCUUGGGCCUACCUUCUUUCCAGCAUGUAGCGACCGGAAUUGUUUCCUCAAUUCAUGUUCUGUGCCUCGGUUGUUUUGUUUGAAUUGCUUAUUUCAUCUAUCCCUGAAACUUAUGGCCAAUCUACAGUAUGCUUGUAUUCAAUCUCAAAUUGAAUCAGUAUGACAGAUUUAUGACAUCAUGAAUGUUCCAAGGUCAUAAGCAAGAUAUGCCCAUGGAGACAUUUUGGGCAACGUCAACAUCACACGAUACCACGCCAUUCAGCUUUUCACCAUAGCUGCGCUCAUCUGCCAAAAUGACUCGAGGAGAGGGCUCCCAGUCUAAGGUCCACCACAAGGGCAAGCUCGAUGACUACAUCGUAUUCGUCGACGAUGUCGAAACCUACAAGAAGUGGCAAAACGACAAGAGCAUCCCUCUGCCUCACUUCAUCUCCCCCUUCACGGUCUUCCUGACUCACAAGCAAGGUGCGCAGGGUCCAUACGAUGCCGCCCCUAAAGGCACUCUAGCAUCCGAGUUCGGGACCGAGGACUCGGAUGAGUCAAUCAAGCAGAUAUUGAUGGAAGGCACCAUCCAGACCGUGGAGAUGCCCGGCCGGCAAGGCUCUACAAACGACUCAAUGAGCUCAAUGAAAGCUCAUUAGGGCACUAGUGGACAGGCAAAGCUAGGAAGGGCAACAGAGGCAGGGUCGCGCAUCAUUCAUUAAUGAUGAUUGACUUCUUGGCGAAUGAUUGAUAAUGAUCACUAUCAAUCAUUUCAAUGACGCUCUGCCUUACAUAAUGAUCAUUGCAUUGGGAGGACGACAAUGAAACGACGAUUGGAAGUCAGGCAAUAUGUCAUGUUCCCGAUAUCCACAUCUGACCAGUCUCAAACACCCGAGAGAAACAGAUGCGUUGGUGCUAAGAAAGAGGGGACUCGGAGGGGGAGGAGAUUGCACACUACGCUACCUUGUGAUCCAUGAUCCUAGCUUAUCACCAAAAAGCGUAAUUUAACUGUUGCUGUUUU